CAACAAGCUCAAAGCCAAAGCAAGCAUGAACAUUAAUAAAGAAGUUCUUCAAACCGUAAGAGAGGACGAUUAUGUUGAAUAUUAUAUUUUCCCUAAGACAUCUCACUCUACAGAAAACAUAAGAGAAUAUCUUCAAAAUGUUUUAGCUGAAGUAAGGUCUGUGUUUGAAAAAUACAAAUAUUGUACCUACAUCUGGCAAAAAGAUGAAGUCAAUCUUGUACCUCGAUUUGAGUGCGAAAUUGCUGCAGUUGAUACCUCAGUGGAGAAACUCCCCCCUCAUCUGUAUGGAGUCACACACUAUGGGGAUAACAUAGAAGAUGAAUGGUUCAUAGUGUUCCUAUUGAUUAAAGCUACUCAAGAAAUCCCUGGACUUAUAGCAAGGAUGGUGGAUGUGGAUGGAGAGUUUCUAUUGAUUGAAGCCGCAGAUCAUUUACCUAAAUGGGCCAAUCCUGAGACAUGUGACAAACGGGUUUACCUACACGGGGGAUCUGUCCAUCUGAUACCAGGAGACGCGACGUUAGAAGUUGAUGAAGCGAUCCAAACCAUCUGGGACACACCUGAAGAGACCAGAGCCUCCACUGGCAUACAACAGGCGAUAUCUGCCAGGAUAGAGGGGUAUCCUGGGCGUAUUGUGGACAACCUGCACAGUUGUAAUGUUUUUGUGCCCGUUGGAGUGGCAGCAUUGCUGAGAGCUCGUCCUAGCCUAGUGGCACCAGCUGUUACAGCAUUCUGUCAUCGCGAUCCUAUUGACCUUAAGGCCUGUCGUGCCAUGAGAUACUUCCCACCAGAGCAUUGCGUUAUGACUAGAGUAACAUUCACUAAGUGUUUGUACGCCAUGUUGACACAUCAGAAGUACAUGCCUGAUCGACGAACUGGUUGGAAUUUGCCUCUUACGACUGAUGCUUCCUAUGCUUCCAAACUGCUCGGUCUCAAAUUGGCUUGUGGUUUUGAAAUCUUGGUCACUCAGAGUAAAAGUAUUGGACAGACCGAUGAUCUCAGCAAAGAAUGGCAAAGUUACAAAGAUUCCCUGAAAAACAAAGGUUAUUUCAAGGACUUGUUAGAGGGAUCUCAAGAGUACAGCAGACUUGAGGAAGAGGCCAAAGAGUAUUUCCGCUCACAUUGUGUCCAAUCACAGCCAGCCAUUGGACAGAUCGUUCUUGACCUCCUGCGAGAGAUCGACGUGGACAUUGAAGAGCUUCGGAAAAAUGAAUCCACCUUGCCUCCUUCCGACGAUGACAGCUGGUUAGAUGUGUCCCCAGCAGAGUUAGAUCGUAUGAUGGAGCAACGCUACGGUCGCAAACUGUCUCACCCUGCUACUGACAUACCAGCCCAACUGGCGCAGUUCCUUAACCAUGUCAGCUCUGUGGAUGGUGCUGAAUUCCCUCAGGACAGUCUAGCAAUGGACUCACCACCGGUGAGGCCUCGAAGAGGGGUGAAACCGAGGAAGGCUAACUCAGCAACUACCUCGACUUCAAGGGAGAAGGAGUCCGAGGAGGACAACCGAGUGUCCUUUGAUCCUGACUCAUUCUCCUGUGCCGUGCAGAAUAUCCUCGAUUUUGCAGUACCUGAAGACAACUGGGAUAUGGAAUCAGAUGGAUCAGGAAUGAGUUCUUAUGAAGAUGAAGAGGACAUGGAUCUCGGAAACAAAACCGGUGAUCAACAAGAGACUCCCAUCAGUGAACUGAAGCAGUACAUGGACCAAAUGGACAGAGAACUGGCAACCACAGCUGUGGGCAAGAGUUUUGAGAAGAUCCAGGCCACUGACAAGAAGGGUAUGGAGGACAGCUUUUCCGAGGUAGAAAGCUUCGAACCAGUCAACAUAGACAUGAAUGCUCUGAAGAACAUUCUUGCCUCGUACCAAGCCCAGAUGGGUGUGGCAGGUCCUGCGUCUACUAUGCUGGGGCCGAUGGGCGUCAAACUGGACGAUGAUGACCAGUAGAAACUACAUGACAGCGACAGCACAACAAUAGAUCUCGUAGACUACAGUACUUUGAUGGCAUCGUUUUUGUUCAAACCAAAUCGGUCAGUUAUAAAUGUCCAACCUUUUUUCUUUUUAUCUGUGAUAUUUUUUUAAUGAUUGAAGUUAAAAACGCUAUAUCAAUUUGUUAAGCUUAGAGUGGGAUUAUAUUAUUUACUAGUCCUUUAGUUUUACUGCUUUAUUAGUUCACAAAGUUUGGCAAGUUUAGUUUCUACUUUUUUUAUCUUGCUUUUGAUAAUUUAUUAGUUUGUUUGAAAUCCAUUCUGUUUACUUAGUUAAUAAUCCUCCAAUAGUGUUUUUGAACAAAAAACAUUCAGGUUUAUUUUCUUGUUAGAUUCUAAAUUAAUUUGAAGUUGUCCAGUUGGCUUGGUUUUUAUAUGGAUGAAGAUUUUGCUCAAUAUUUUUUAAUUGUUCUUGGAUAACUUUUACUUAAUAACUGUUUGCUAUUUAUUUAGUAAUAUUAAGUUGUACUUCAAGCUCUAUAGUAGAUUUCAAGAUUAUUCCAACCAAUGAGUGCCAGCAGGGUUUCUAAUUUUAUACGUGUCAUUUUCACUAUUUUUUUACUUUUUAAUUUGUAGUAUAACCAAUGUGCCAUUAGGUACAGUUAAGCUUCUAACUUCACACAAUUCACACAAUUUAUUUAUCAAUACAAACACAAUGACAAAGGGCAUUUAACACUACAGCCAUAAUAAUGUGACAUUUCUAACAGCAAACGAAUAACAAUUGAAUGUAACACCAUGAUUUACAUUAUUGUGACAAGAUUAGAAGACUAGGUAUAAGUUUACAGUUAGAAUAUAUUUGGACAUAUUGCAAUAUAGAGAAUCACUGAGUUGUUUAGCAGCACCGAAAGUAGCCUAUUUCAGUGGCGAUUAAACAUGGAUUCCAAAUCGCCACAACAUUUUUGACAUCAGCUGAUAUAAUUUUAUACCCAUAGAACUAGCUUCAUAAUCUAGAUUCAGAGGCAAAAAUAUAGAUUUAUUGACUCGCCGUAUAAUAUUCCAACAGAGGUUUAAAGAAACCCCAAACUAUACUUCGAUCUCUUCAGUUUACAAUAGAUUUUUCAAGUCUUGUUCUAAAUACAAAUAUGAUUAACCUAUCCAAAACUAGUCUUCGGGUUCUUACUGUAAAAUUUCUUUGCUAGAUUUAUCGUAGAGCACAAAUUGUGGUGUGUGUGUCAUGAAUAUUGAUAGUUUGUAUUUUUAUAACACAUUUAUUGUAAAUACAAAUAAAUUAUGUUGUAUUUUUAUGCUCUUAAAGCGAUAGCUAUAGUUUUUACUUUAUUUUAAUACCAGCACAGUUCUAGCCUGAAAGUAUUAUAUAAAAUUAUUCACAUUUAAGAUAUUGAAUUUUCAGGUUAACUCGAGGAACAGUGGAAUCCCAAUUGCCCAUUGUAAUGAACUAGGAGGGACUUUUUGCAAGUCAAUCAAUGUUUACAAAUGAACAAUCAAUUGAUUUUUUGGGUCAUUGAAGUCAAGUCUUUGAAGGGGUUUUAAAAUACUACGCAAGUAUAUUAUUGUAGGAAUGUGAGAUAGUAUGAGAUACCUUUACCGCAGCAAACCUGCAGACUAAGCGAAUUUUCAUUCUUCCAAUGUUUUUAUUUAAUAAAAGUUGGGCAUUUUAGCGAAUUUCCCUAUAGGGAAGUAGCUAUUACCGUAGGUCUCAUGGUAAGACCUAGGCCUGGGACCGAUUUACUUUUUCAUUUUGAUGUCCCCAGAGGCCAAUAACACCAUUCGUUAAAAUUUUUAUAUAUGUAUAUAUAUAUAUAUAUUAGUGAUGGUCGGAUCCGGAUAUCGGACUACCGGAUCCGCCGGAUCCGAGCUAGAACCGGUUCCGGAUCGGAUCCAAAAAAUUCCGGAUCUUGGGCUGGAUCCGGUUUUGAUGGAUCCGAUUUUUUCAAAUUUUCCCCCGAUUUUUUUCCUAACAAAAAGCUGUAUGUAUCACUGUACAACCCCGAUUUUUUUACCAACACAAAGCUGUCUGUAUCACUGUACAACACCAAUUUUUUUACCAACACAAAGCUGUCUGUAUCACUGUACAACCCCGAUUUUUUACCAACACAAAGCUGUCUGUAUCACUGUACAACACCGAUUUUUUACUAACACAAAGCUGUCUGUAUCACUCUACAACCCCGAAUGUUUUUACUAGCACAAAGCUGUCUGUAUCACUGUACAACUCCGAUUUGUUUACUAAACACAAAGCUGUCUGUAUCACUCUACAACCCCGAAUGUUUUUACUAGCACAAAGCUGUCUGUAUCACUGUACAACCCCGAUUUGUUUACUAAACACAAAGCUGUCUGUAUCACUGUAUAACCCCGAUUUUUUACCAACACAAAGCUGUCUGUAUCACUGUUCAACACCGAUUUUUUUACUAACACAAAGCUGUCUGUAUCACUGUACAACCCCGAUUUUUUACCAACACAAAGCUGUCUGUAUCACUCUACAACCCCGAAUGUUUUUACUAGCACAAAGCUGUCUGUAUCACUGUACAACCCCGAUUUGUUUACUAAACACAAAGCUGUCUGUAUCACUGUACAACCCCGAUUUUUUAUCAACACAAAGCUGUCUGUAUCACUGUUCAACACCGAUUUUUUUACUAACACAAAGCUGUCUGUAUCACUCUACAACCCCGAAUGUUUUUACUAGCACAAAGCUGUCUGUAUCACUGUACAACCCCGAUUUGUUUACUAAACACAAAGCUGUCUGUAUCACUCUACAACCCCGAAUGUUUUUACUAAACACAAAGCUGUCUGUAUCACUGUACAACCCCGAUUUUUUCCUGAUUUUUUUACUAACACAAAGCUGUCUGUAUCCAUGUACAAGCCCAUUUUCCCUGAGUGUUUGUCACUUGAUGCACACAACUUAUAUGGCAAGGCCAUGUCUCGAUGUUUGUAUCUAGAUGCAAAUAACUUGUAUGGCAAGGCCAUGUCUCAGUGCUUGCCUCUUGAUGCAAAUAACUUAUAUGGCAAUGCCAUGUCUCAGCGUUUGUCUCUUGACGCAAAUAACUUAUAUGGC